CUGUUCGGCGGCGCCCGCAACCGCGACGAGCCGGACAGCCUGUUCCCGCAGUACGCGGCCGACGGCCGCCGCAACGCCCGCAUCGGCAGCGCCGGGUUCCGGCCGACCCUUGCCCAUCAGCGGCGCCUGCAGGUGCUUCUGGCCGAGCUGUUUCCCCACUUGGCCGAUGCGCCGAUCACCCACCGCUGGGGCGGGCUGCAGGCGUUCACCUUCGACGGGCUGCCGGCGAUCGGCGUGUUCGACUCCGAGCGGCGCAUCCACGGCCUGGCCGGCUUCUCCGGACUCGGCAACUCCUACUCGAACGUAGGCGCGGCGUACCUGGCGGCGCGCAUCGCCGAUUCCGGCGACGGGCUCCCGCCACGGCUGGCGGAGACGCUGAAGCUGCUGCUGGCACCGGGGCGCAGCGGCGCCCGCUGGCCCGGAGCCGAACCGACCCGGGCGCGCACGGGCGCCUACGGACUGGUGCGCCGCGCCACCAGGCGUCGGCCACGGAGAUGA